UUUGAUAGUAUUUCUGUAAUGCGCUUUAAAGCGGAACUUCUACUAAUUUUUAUUAAAAUCACUUUAGCCAGCGACAAGGUACAUAAUUUUGUACACUUAACAUGGGAUUAUCUCAAAGACGGUGUAACGGAUAUGAUGGAUUGCAUAAGGAUAAAGCACCCUCCUAGAGUCGACGAUGUGAAGUUUUACCUCUUCACCCCAAAGACCGGAGACGAGGGCCAGGAAAUCAACAAUUUUACAAUAAGGAACAUUGAAGGUUUUAACAAGACGUUUUACACGAAAAUUUUGAUACACGGUUACGCUCAAAAUUACAAAAAUGAGGUGCUACUCAAAAUGAAGGACGUGUACGUUAAGACGGAAAUUUUAAACGUAAUCAUGGUAAACUGGGAAAAUUUGUCUACGCCUUUCUGCUAUCCCAUCGUUGCGGAUUAUACGAAUUUUGUAGGCCAGAUAACGGGGUAUCUUAUGGCAAAGUUAAUCCCUGAAAAGACUCACGUGAUUGGCUUUAGUCUAGGCGCCCACGUCGCUGGAAUUGGUGCUCAAAUGCAAAGCGCCAAAGUGCUUAGGAUUACAGGUCUAGAUCCGGCUGGUCCAAUGUUCAUCAACACCGCCGAAAACCAACGCCUGGACAAAUCCUCCGCCAAAAACGUGGACAUAAUUCACACUUCAAGAGCCGGUGUUAGUUCUCCUGUCGGUCACGCCGACUUCUACGUAAACGGCGGCAAAGUACAACCGAAUUGCUCAUCAACGGACGUUGCAUGCAGUCAUCGCAGAAGUAUGGAGUUGUAUCUGGAGUCAAUAACGUCCAAUGUUGGAUUUAAGGCAUUCGAAUGCGAUUCGGUUAGCAACUUUGAAAACAAUAAAUGUAUAAAUAAUACGUUUGCACCGAUGGGAGAGCCGUGGUUGUCUCGGGGAGCGUUAAGGGGCAUAUUUUAUAUAAAAACCAACCCGACGGAACCUUUCGCCAGUGAUAAAGAUGAAAAUGAUUAAGCCUGUAUUUUUAUAAUAAUAAAUAUUUAAAGCAUCGCACCCUUCAGAUAAAAUUGGUCCUUCUUCGCAAUGUAGUAACGUUAGUAACGAAGUACCAAGGCAAAGCGCUUUUGGAACAAUUAGUUC